AUGACCAUCUGGCACCGUCGAGAGGACACGACAUCACUGGGCAUCGCAGCUUACAUGCCAAGUUAUUUGAAUUUGCUGGAAUCGGAAAACCAACGCUUGAAAGAGCAGUCAGCUUCCUCGGCCAACGCGACCGAAGCCGACCAUGAUGCCGAGCCAGAGCCGGUGCCACCUGCAGACGCACCGGACGAGAGCAAUACCAGUGUGCGCAAUCCCUUGAUCGGCGACCGUGCAUGGUUUCACCGCUACGAUCCAUCUACACCUCCACUUUUCAUAGGGGAAGCGGCCUGUACAGCGUUUGCUACCCGCUUUCGCCGAUUUCUGACGGGGAACAAUGCCUUGCCUCAUAUCCCUCGGACGCAGUAUGUCAAGGAAGAGCAGAUCGCCGAGGCCAAUGCCACCAAUGUCCAAUGGCCCAGUUUUCACCAGGCUCGAUUGCUGGUAAAGAUAGCAAUACGUCAGGUCGGCUCUAUCUAUCAUCUUGUUCUUCGCAAAUCGACGUUGGAGAAGCUCGAGGAGAUAUAUCGAACGGGCGACUUUGACUGCACGGUCAAUCAAUGCAAGUUUUUUGCUCUGUUCGCGUUCGGGGAAGCGUACUCGAUGAGAGCUGAGCCCUUAUCUGGGUCCAGAGUGCCGGGGACCUCGUAUUUUGCGCGCGCCUUGAGCUUGGGGCAAGUUUUGCCCGAAAGAACAAGUAUCACACACCUAGAGACUCUAUUGCUACUGUCCCUGUUCUCUUACUACCUUAACCGACGUCAUUCGGCCUUGGUAUUGAUAGGAACCGCCCUGCGGCUGGGGCUGUCGAUUGGGUUGAACCACAAUAUUCCUGAAUCGCAGCUGAUCGACCCCGUGGAGCGUCAACACCGGAUCCGGAUAUGGUGGACGAUAUACAUCUUCGAUCGCAUGUGGGGAUCUAAAAUGGGCCAUCCGUCGCAGAUCCCCGACGAUGACAUCCACUUGGACAUGCCCUCCAAUAUCAGCCCGGCACAGUUGCACGAGGAACAGUUCACAGAUACAGAAUAUCUGACCGCUAAUGUUAAACUGGCCCGAAUCGUGGGCGAGACCAUUGCAAAGCUAUAUAGUCGACGAAAGUACAGCGAGACAUUUCUACAACGGGUGCAGAAACUGCUUAAGGCGUUGAAAAGCUGGGUGGAAACGCUACCGGAACAUCUUCGACUUAACGACGACCCGGGCACCUAUAUGAAACAUAUCAGCUCUCUACAUCUUUCUUUCAACCAAGUAUGCCCUUACUUACUCUACACGUUCACAUAUCACUUUUUUCUAACCAGCGAGAACAACCAACUCCCCAAGCACCAACCACGAGAGUAUCUCUCAGCCCGUCCUAACCCUCGGCGAAGCUGUAUCCACGCUGCCCGCCACUCGCAUACCCUUAUCCUGACCAAAUGGAUCAACGGCUCCCUCCCAGUAUUCGGCUACUUCCACGCGCACUAUCUCUUCUCCUCGGCGCUCGUACUCGCAAUGUCCAGCUUCCUCCCAAUCGGCAGCCCAUCCGACCUGGGAGCAUUCGAGUCCGGCCUGGAAGUGCUCCGGUCCAUGAGCGAGAACGGGAACCUAGCGGCAUCCGAGUUCUACCACAACCUAGAACAGGUGAAGCAGUGUCUCGACCUACGCAAAUCAAAAGAAUCUAAAUCCACAUCGAUCGCCGGUCAACAACCAAGCACCACCGCAUCAGGCUCGGGCCCGGGCCCUACGAUCCCAUCUACAUUCCCCCCGACGGUGUCAACAGUUCCCCCCGCCACAACAGUCUCCGAUCCCCCCUUACUCACAACAGCGGAGGCCGAUCUGAUCAGCAAUAAUCCGGGGUAUGGCCAUGCUCAAGGUAGCAAUCCCACCUUACCCCCCGGCAACCUCACCUUCCCAACGACAGCAGGCGGGAUCACAACCGCAAUGGCGUUCCUUGAACCAACGAUGCAGGACUUCCUGGCUCAAUCGGACUUUGAUCUGGGAUUGCUACAUCCCGUAGAUACAUUCAUGAACGACGAGAAUCUGUACACAUGUCAUGGCUUAUAA